AUGCAGAUGAGUUGUAAUUAAGCUGACCAUAACAACCAAUCAAUUAUAGGGGUUUGCGUAGAUAUUACAUGCCCAAAUAUAAGGCCUUAUUGUAAUUUUUGUUUGCCUCUCCAUGCCAAACAUCUUCAUAUGUUAACCCCUUUGGAUCUUAUAAAUGAAUGGAUUUCAGAACGAAUCCUUUAGGUGCAUAAUGCUUAAAACAAUGUAGAAGAGUUUAAAGUUUCCCUUGAAAUUUUUCUAAAUUAGGUUUCUCCUUAUUGUAACUUUAAUUUUGAUUAAAUACCUAAAUUAGGAUUAUCAUAGAUUGAUAAUUUAGUAAAAGGUUUGGGUUCAAUAGAAUUAUGUGAAAAAGUCCUAUUUAGACAACUUAACCAAUCAAUUCAAGAAUUAAAAUAGAUUGUUAUCGAAAUACAAAAAAUAUUAAAGAAUUAAAUUACUAUAAGCAACAAUGAUAAUACAUAAAUUCCACAAUAUUAACACAAAUUAAAACCAAAUCUAAGCCCAAUCAGAUAUCAGCUCAUGAAAACAAAUUCUAUUGAAUAAGGGGGAAGUUGUUUUGCAUUUGCUUUUAAUAAAGAUUGCUCAAUUGUAGCAGCAGGAUGUAGCAGUUAAAUAAUAGUAUACGAAUUCAGACAAGGAAUGAAGAAAUAGAUAUAACUCUUAUAUGAGCAUUAAAAGGAAAUGGGCACUUUAAAUUUCAUGAAAAAAUCCAAUUAGCUUGUAUCUGGAGAUUGUGAUGGAGAUAUUUUGAUUUGGUCAAGCAAGAAUAAUAAAUAUUGGAUUUGUUCAUAAACUCUUAAACAACACAAUAGUCGUAUAAAUUGCUUAAUUAUGAAUAAUAAUGAAGAUAUUAUGAUAUCAUGUAGUAAUGAUUAAACUAUUAAGUUUUGGAUGAAACUAAAUGAAUGGAUCUGUUAAUAAACAAUAACUAAUCAUGAAAAUUUUGUUUAUUAAUUAAGUUUAAAUGAAAAAUAAAAUAAAGUUAUAUCAUGUGGAAAAGAUCAGUUAAUCUUAGUAAUUGAGAAUUCAGAAUAGAAUAAACAGUGGAUAGUAAAAUAAAAAAUUCAAGUUGAUUGUUUAGGAUAUAGAUUAUGUUUUAUCAACGAUAAUCUUUUCACAUUUCAACCUUCUACAGGCAAUUUGAUGCAUAUCUAUGAGUUGCAUAAUUUAAGUAAAUAGUUCACUCAAACUAAACAUAUUACUGUAAAUUAAGGAGAUGAUAAUAGAGUAUUUUUCCCAUAGAAAUAUAUUCAAUCAAAAUAGCUACUUGUGAUUAAGCAUGAUAAAUAUAUUAAUUUAAUAAGAAAGAUAGAUAAUGACCAAUUUAUAGUUGAGUAAUCUAUUCAAUUUAGUAGUAAGGAGUUAUUUGGAUGCAUAAGUGAUGAUGGAGAGUAUUUGAUUACUUGGGAUGAUUCAUCUGAUGAAAUAUAAAUUAGGAGAUCCAAACAAGAAUGA